ACUCUGCAUUACCGACACAGAAUAUUAUUCGAAAAUUUUCAACGAUGUUUUAUAGGUUAAUUUUUUCAAUUAUGCACACUACCGGUCUGUUCUAAAAAAUUAAAAUCAUCUUGCAUGUAGAAACUUACGUGAGAAAUAAAAUCAACAGAGAAUUCAUUUAUUCGUGCAAAUCUAGAUAAGGAAAAUGACUGCAGUCCUUGGAGGAGGAAUAUCUGGAUUAGCUGCAGCAUAUUAUGCCCUGGAAAAUUCACGACUUGGUGCAAUAACAAUUCUUGAAGCUUCUAACCGUGUUGGAGGUUGGAUUCGAACAUGUCAAUCCCCAUCAGGGGCUAUUUUUGAGAAAGGUCCACGGACAAUAAGAAAUAGUGGUCCUGUUACAAAUACCUUGAAACUCGUUGAAAAUCUUAAUUUAAGUGAUAAAAUUUUACCUUUUACGACAAAUCAUACAAUCUCAGGAAAAAGAUAUAUUUAUGCAAACAAUCAAUUGGUACUAUUACCAAGCAGCAUGAUGGAUUUGUUUAAAAUAAAACCCCCAUUUAAACGACCACUAAUUACAUGUCUAUGGACUGAUUGGAAAGCACCAAAAGUUCAAAAAGAAGAUGAAAGUGUUCACAGUUUUGUAUCACGUAGACUUGGUCAAGAUAUCGCGGAUUAUCUUGUAAGUCCUUUGAUCUGUGGAAUUUGUGCAGGUGAUGCACAUAAAAUUAGCGUAAAAUUUUUGAUGCCAAGCGUUUUUGAAGGAGAGCAAAAAUAUGGGACAAUUGUUAAAGGAUUAAUAAAAACUGGGAGAGAAGAAGACCAGCAAAUAAAGAAAGAGGGUCGUGCGCUAUACGAGAAAUCAAAAAAAGAAAGAGAAGCAAAAGCAAAACAAAAUCUUAACAAUAAUAAAGAGCAAAUAAAAGAAUUUGAUAAUCAAAGUGUCGAAAGAAAAACUAUGUCACCUCUAGUUAAACGAUCAAAAUUAGAAAAAUGGAAUGUUUGGACUAUUGAUGAUGGUUUAGAAGUAAUUCCUAAAACAUUAAAGGAAUAUCUAGAAUUAAAAAAUGUAAAUAUAUGUUUAAAUAACAUUUGUGAAAAUAUUACAUUUCAACCUGAUUGCGUUGAAGUACGAGCAAAUGGAAAAGCUAAAAAAUAUUCAAAAAUUAUUUCUAGCUUACCAGCAAAUCAUUUAGCAACACUCAUUGAACAACAGCAUCCUCAAUUAGCUGAAGAAUUAAGAGGUAUUCCCUUUGUAACUGUAGGAGUUAUAAAUAUCGAAUUUUCAGGACAUGUUUUACCAGUGGAUGGAUUUGGAUUUUUAGUUCCACCGAAAGAAAAUCUACCCAUUUUAGGAGUUAUUUUUGAUUCUAGUAUUCGAUCUGGAUUAAAUUCAACAGUACUGUCAGUCAUGAUGGGUGGUGUAUGGUUCGAUCACUACUUUGGCCAAAAUCCAACAGAAGAAUAUUUAACGUCUAUAGCACUUGAACAUGUGAAACGUAUUUUGAAAAUAGAAGAAGAUCCUUUACACGUGGACGCUUCGAUCCUCAAGGAUUGUAUUCCUCAGCACAUUGUUGGUCAUAGUAAACGCAUUGAACGAAUUCGUCAUUAUAUUUCCACCAAUAAGUUACCCUUAGCACUUUGUGGUUCUUCGUAUCAUGGCGUUGGUAUAAAUGAUGUUAUUCUGUCAGCGAAAAAUGCCGUUGAAGACUUUGACAAGAAUUAAAUUAUUUUAAAACCAAUAUCUCUAGGUGAA